AUGGACGCGCGCGGCGACGAACGGGGGCGCGGUCGGCCGCGACGCGUGCACGUCGUCGCGGACGCGCGAGCGAUCGCGUCGGGGCGACGGGUGACGGAGGGACGGGGCGACGGAGGGAAGGAUUUGAAUUCGUACCUGUCGCUGUUUAAAGUCUUCGCGCGACGCGCGUUGGAGCGCGUCGUGGACGGGCAGGGGGUGAGCGGGGAGUUUGCGCUUCGCGCGUGCGACGCGUGGAUCUCGCCGCACGCGUUCGAGCGCGUGUGGGGGGGUGGGGAUGAUUGUACGGGUGCGAUCGCGUCGGGGCGACGGGUGACGGAGGGACGGGGCGACGGAGGGAAGGAUUUGAAUUCGUACCUGUCGCUGUUUAAAGUCUUCGCGCGACGCGCGUUGGAGCGCGUCGUGGACGGGCAGGGGGUGAGCGGGGAGUUUGCGCUUCGCGCGUGCGACGCGUGGAUCUCGCCGCACGCGUUCGAGCGCGUGUGGGGGGGUGGGGAUGAUUGUACGGGUGGCGGGAAAGACGGCGCGUUCGUACGGUGCUCGAGAGCGUCGUUCGAGGCGUCUUUGGAGGAAUUGAGCGCGCGAUGCGAGAGAUACGUCGAACGAAAUCCAACGGUGGGAGACGCGCACGAUGGCGGGGUGCACGAGUGGAUGGUGAACUUGACGCGGAACGCCGGGACGGCGGCGACGGAUUUCGCCAAAGCGUCGACGGCGGGGACGUUCACGGGCGAGGACGAGGAUGGGAACGCAGAAGAGGAGGAUGGUGGGGUGAUUUUCAUCGUGUCAUCUCUGCCGCGCGUCACCGAAGCGGAGGCGCGCGCGAUGGACGCGAGCGCGGUGGCGAAGUCGUUUCGAGGCUUAGAGGAACAGUUGAAACGCGAACGCGUGCGGGCCCAUUUGCUGUACGUCGGAGACGAUCCGCGCGGGACAUUCGCAAAGAUUUUGCGAGACGUGUUCCAGCGGUUUCGGGGCGCGAUAUGUCCCUUGGACACGGCGUGUCACCUCGCGUCGUGGGCGCCGUUAUACUCGAUACUCGACGCGAUGAGUCGCGCGAGCACCGACGCGUUGCAGGAAACGUCGUCAUCGACGACAACCGCGUCGGUGGACGUCCUCGUCGAAACCAAGGGUUCACAGCAAUUACGUUUGGGCGAGGCGUACGCGAGUGGAACGAGCGCAAAUCGGGGUCUCCGAUCAAUGUCCGUGGUUGGUUUCGUCGACCGAGCGCUCGCGCCGUCGACACGCCUUGCCACGGAAUCGCAAACUAUCCUGUGCUUUGAUGACUCACCGAUUCGAGCGCUCAUGGCGAUGAUGGUUUUGAAAGAUGCCGCGGCGAUCGUACGCAUGGAGGCACGUGGUUCUGCUCGAGCGGCGGUGCUCGACCCGCUGACGUGUUCGUCGUUCAUCGUCACUGAUUUCGCAACUCGUCGAGACGGAGGGGAGAACGAGAGCGUAGUCGAACACGCCGAAUCCACGAGCGUCUCUCGUGAAAUCACACAGCUCAUAACAACCCGGGAGAGAUCGAUGACGCUCGAGAACGCGCACACACUGCUGGCAAAGACUCGCGAAGAUAUUUGCGAACAGCUUGCAUCGCCCAACACGACGCAACCGUCGACGACGCAAGAUUCUCUCGCGUUGACGCAGUGCGUGCGAACUCCGUUGGACGUGUUGACGCAACACGCCUCACAGGCUGUUGCGAAAACUAUGAGCGGCGUGGAGACGGUGCUGGACGCACUCGCGGCAGAUCUCAAGCUCGGCGUCGCACAGAGUGCGUCUCGAUUGGAAUCUUGGUACGGGUUGCGCAACAUGACGCCAAGUACGUGCAAAAUGUUACAUCGCGUGGCUUCCGAGAACGCAAGCACGUCCGUCUUCGAUGACUCUAUUAACGCUCUGGACGCCCGGUUUAAAUCGAUGCUCAAGGCACAUCGAGGCAUCGUGUCUCCUCCGAGGAAAACAAAGGCGAGACGUUCGUUGACGUCCGCGUUUGCGCUAGAGAAAGGCGUGAAAGUUUGGACGGGAGACAUCGACGCGUCGGCGAGAGACGCCUACGCAGCGUUCGUGGCGUCGUUUAUAGAACGAACCGGCAGCUUCGAUCCAGAUACGCGCGAGUUCGCGCACGAUCUCGUGGCUCGAUUCCGUCAGAGCCUUGAUGAAGCGGGUGUCGACCCGGAGGCGAUUGUUCAAAUAAUCGACAAGACGCUAGCGAAGAGUGCGAAAGAGCUGAAUGUCACGUACACUGGCGCGUCGAAAGACGCCACGCGCAUUUUUGCGAAGCGCUUGGAGUACACGUUACAGAUGCACUUAGCUUUACAAGUGGCUUUGCUCAAGGUAGCGACGGCACGCGAAGUCGAUGGAACCUCGAAAGCGUCUAGAGAGGAGAUGGAGGAGAGCGCCAUAUCGAAGACGGAACAGAAAAAACUCGUCAAGCGUAUGAGCAAACUCAUGGAUGCGAUUCGAUUCAUACUCACGCCCUCCGGGGCCGAGGGUGUGCGCGCGCUCGUGGAGGCAGAGUUUGUGCCCAAUUACGAUGCGCUUCCCGAAGUGUUGCGUUUGCUGCAGCAGGAGCUCGGUGUCUCGACCGAGCCGAUGCCUGAACUACGAGACGCGAACGCGGUCGCGCUCACGCCAUUUUCUCCUGGACCGAUCGCGAAUAUCAGGCGCUCACCGCGGAAGCUGAAACCUCCGCCACAGGAGCUCGUAUACAGGGCGCCGUCGAUGCCGCCGCCGAAACCGCCGACGUGGCACCAUUUUGCCAGGAGCAACAGUCAGCGUCGCGAGGUUGCGGUGCCUGUGCGAGUGAAAAACGGGUUCAUGAAACAACCGCAGACGGCACCGCGCUCGUCGGGAGGAGGAAUCAGUCGUAACGUAUCCGGAAAGCCUGUGGUGGUGCGAUCGACGCCAAGGGUGGGCCAAGUCAUCGGCGAAACGCCCGCGAUGCGUGCGCGUCCAGGAAUCGUUGCCGACACGCCGAUCGGCGCGCUCGGGUCAGGACUUGCGAACGGGGUACCCACGCCCGCGCGAGCGCAGUUACACACGCCGAGACGCAUCGCUUGGGGAACCCCAGCGCCGAAAAAAUCGCGCUUCAACUAG